GGCUGCUCGGGCCCCCCGCGUCUGCCUGCAGGUGAUGCUGGGCCAGCCGAUGGCGCUGGUGUCGGAGGGCAACGAGGCGGACACGGACUGGCACGAGUCGGAGUUCAUCAGCGAGUGCCUGUGCUGGCACAACGUGUACCGCCAGCGGCACGGCGUACGGGACCUCCUCAUGAGCGCCGAGCUGUGCGACAUGGCGCAGAACUGGGCCAACCACCUGGCCCACGCCAACGCCUUCAUGUACAAGCCCGGUGAGACCCAGGUCGGUCAGAACUUGUACUGCAGGCUGCCCAAUACCGCUGUUACCGAGGUCACGGGUCAGGAGGUUUCCGCCUACUGGUACAGCGCUUUCAAGCAGUACAACUACGGCAAGGAACCGGAUGUCCUCCACGCCAAUGUCAACGCAGGCCACUUCACGCAGCUCGUGUGGGCGUGCAGCCGAGAGAUCGGAGUCGGCAAGGCGCGCAGCCGCCAGGGCAAGACGGUGGUCGUGGCCAUGUACCGGCCGCCGGGCAACGUCAGCGGUCUCUUCCAGGAGAACGUCCUCCUGCCAGCGCCCGCCUGCGGCGACCUGGAGCUCGCCGCCUCCCUGUCCGACUCGUCCUCGUCCUACUCGGCGUAGCAGCGCGCCCCGCCCCGCCCCGGCCACCGCGCCGCCGGCAACCGCAACGCCAUCCGCUACCGUCCCGUCAGGUACCGCGCCCCUCAGCUGUCUGUGGCGCCACCCUCCCCCGACGACAGCCCGCUGGUCGAGCGCCGCCAGGAGGGGGCCGGAGCCGGAGCCACCACCGCGGCCACAGUGCACCCCGCCGGCCCGGCAGAGGUAGGUACGCCGCGGUAUGCGGCGCGGGGCCGAGCGGGAGCCCCUGGGGGUGCAUUCCACAGCAAAGCUGGCCGUCGGCAUUCCACCCGGCCGCGUCGGCUGGCUUCCGCUUCCGCCUCACUGUAUAGCAUCCUGGCUCCCCUGUUCCC